AUGAAUAAGGUUAAAUUGCCCAACAGCGUGGCCCGCGUCUACGCCGAUGCCAACGAGAAGCUGGGUCGGGAUUACUGGGACUACGAGGGCUUUUCGCUGCAGUGGGGAGUUCAGGACAAUUAUGAGAUCAUUCGCAAGGUUGGACGAGGGAAAUACUCUGAAGUCUUUGAGGCGGUCAACAUCACGAACUACGAGAAAUGCUGUAUCAAGGUCCUGAAACCCAUCAAGAAGAAGAAGAUCAAGCGCGAGAUCAAGAUUCUGCAGAAUCUGGCUGGCGGACCAAAUGUCAUUCGCCUCCUCGAUGUCGUUCGUGACCCUCAGUCCAAAACGCCUGCGUUGAUUUUUGAGUGCAUUGACAACGAUGAUUUCAGGACGCUUUACCCCAAAUUUCGCGAUUUUGAUGUUCGAUACUACAUGUAUGAGCUUUUGAAGGCGUUGAAUUUCUGUCAUUCUAUGGGCAUCAUGCACCGAGACCUCAAGCCGCACAAUGUCAUGAUUGAUCACAGGAAGCGAAAGUUACGAUUGAUCGACUGGGGCCUUGCAGAGUUUUAUCAUCCAGGUAUGAUGUACAAUGUUCGAGUCGCAUCCCGCUACUGGAAAGGACCAGAGUUACUGGUGGACCUGCAGGAUUAUGAUUAUUCCUUGGAUAUCUGGAGCCUUGGCGCCAUGUUUGCUGGCUUGAUCUUUCAAAAGGAAACCUUCUUCCGAGGUGCAGACAAUAAUGAUCAGCUUGUCAAGAUCGCAAAUGUGCUCGGAACAGAUGAACUGUUCAAGUAUCUCAACAAAUAUGCACUAGAGCUGGAGGAGCACCACGCGGCCCUGAACGAUUAUAUCCCUCGGACGCCAUGGCAAAAGUUUGUCAGCGCAGACAACCAGCAUCUGGUCUCAAACGGAGCGCUUGACCUUCUUGGAAAGUUUCUUCGAUACGACCAUCAGGAGCGGUUGACGGCUGCAGAGGCAAUGAAGCACCCAUACUUCGAUCCUGUCAAGACAAGAGCGGCGGAUGGGGUUUUGACGACGACGGACUCGUCCGACGCGGAAGACUGGAGCGAGAUGCUCAACUGA